UAUAUUUUAUCUUCAGUCGGCGGCGAGACGUUAAAGUGUAUAAAUUUAGUGGAGUGUUUUUUUAAGUAAAAAAGUGUUUAUAAUAAAUUAAAAAAGCAAAAUAUAUAUAUUUUUUACAUAAUUUAUUUUUAUUAAAUAAUUUUAUACAAAAACAUUUUUUUAUAUUUAACAAAAAGAAAAAGUACAUUUUGCUAAAAGAAAAGUAGUUAAACAUGGCGCAGCAACAACAACCAGCCUAUGAAAAUAAGUUUAUUUAUGCCACUUUACCUCGCACUCAACGUGGCCAACCUAUUGUUUUGGGUUCCGAUCCUAAGGGUAAAAAUUUCCUGUAUACCAAUGGUAAUUCGGUUAUUAUACGUAAUAUAGAGAAUCCCGCUAUUGCUGAUGUCUAUACGGAACAUUCAUGUGCUGUUAAUGUUGCCAAAUAUUCACCAAGUGGUUUUUAUAUUGCAUCAGGAGGUGAGUAA